AUGGUUUGGGGGAUCAACUUCGAACGACUGCUCACUGCUCAAAGCAGAGCUGAAAACUAUUUCAUCAAUACUCCCUAUUUCUCCCAUUUCGUAGAGCUUUGUGUGCUCUCCUACCCUUCCCCACUGGAAGAGUCGGCACCGGCGGUUACCAAAAUCUUUCUAUUCCUCAUUGCUGGAUUUUUCGAGUAUCUGGCCGCUGCCACCGUCGCCGAUAUCACGGAUAUCUAUUUCAAGCUCUGUGGGGAUUGGUUGAACAUCGGACCAAAACGCCCCGGCAAUGCCUUGUUUGAAGACAAUGAUGUUGGAUAUGAGAGAAUAAUCUUUAGUCUGUUUGCGUUGCGAUUUGCGACUCGAGCGAGGGCGUUCUUCAGACAGCCACUAAGGAGGGGUGGCAGAGUACGACUCCACGAUGUUGUCAUUUCAAGCUUCUGGUUUAAUCCGGCCCUCAUCUUCCAUGUCGUUCUCAGAGCGUUGUCAUAUUGCUUCGCUUUCAUACCGUUGCGAUUCGGUCCACUCUAUCUGUUCUGGUGCCUCUUUGCACCGUCGAGCGAGAUCCCUACUCUCGGCUUGGCUACUUGGUUGCGGACUGAAGAUGGUAGAGAAAAGAUAGCAAAAGUAACGAAAGGCGAUUUCAGUUUUUGGUAUAUAACCAAAUGCACAAUUUCUACCAUAUUUCUAGAGAAAGUUGUGACCAAUCUCCCGUUCGUCACGAUACAUAUUACACUUUUCGCUCAGGGAUUGGUCUUUUACUCAGCGACAUGGCCAAAGACAAGAUCUGCGUUGGGCGAGAAAGCUGAGAGAAUUCUCAAGCAGCUUCCUGAACCGUUGCUUCAACAAUUCGAGAGUGCGUACAUGGCCGUCGAAUGGUUAUUAUUUCUGUUAGCCAAUGCUAUUCGGCGAUGUGCGUUGACGAUUUUGAGGAUUUUGUCGACAUCAAUUACUCUUUUCGCGUCAACGUGUAUGAGCCAGAGAAAGAAAUAUCAAAGCCGGAAAAUGGAUGAGACGUUAGAAUCCUCUGACAAGAUUCGACUGCUCAGAGUAUUGCCAGCACUCUCCACUAAAGAACCCAUAAUAUGCGAGCUUCAAUGGCAUGCUGUGGCAAACCCUCCAAAAUACAGAGCAAUAUCAUACUCCUGGGGAAAUCCUGCUUUCGUGUACGAGAUCUCUGUGGAUGAAAAGCCUGUAAAGAUAACAAGAUCGGCUCAAGACGUCUUGCAGAACAUACGAUCGUCAUGGAAAACGGAAGCUGUAUGGAUUGACGCCAUCUGCAUAGAUCAGUCUAGUAACGAGGACAAGGCUCAGCAAAUCCCUCUCAUGCCUUUGAUAUACCAAAAUGCCGCAGAGGUGAUCGUCUGGCUAGGACCAUCCAAACGAGCGGUACUAGCUACGGAGCUCGUCAAUCGAGUCUUCCUAGCGAAUCGACUGAGUUCAAGCUCACAAACGCGGUUUACAUAUCAGAUACCUAAGGAAGCUGCCAGAGCGCUGAAAAUCAUGUUAUCGAAGCAGUGGUUUGAAAGAUGUUGGGUUGUCCAAGAGGUUGUUGCGGCCAAGAAAACGCGAGUCACUGUUCGUUAUGGCAAUGAAUCGCUAAGCUGGCAGAGAUUAAGUUGGUUCACAGAUACUAUUUCCAGAGACCCUGCGCUUCUCAGUAUGCUAUCAGAAAGGAUUGGCUACUCUGGCUUGGAGCAAGCAACUGCUUUGCGCAACGCAAACGUCGUUCGACGAUUUUCAUUUCUGCGGUCAGAAAAGGAACCUCUUUCGUUGGUCUUUUACCUCAUUCAAAUGUUCCGUUUGAGAUCUCGCUUCAAAGCAACAGAAGUCAAGGAUCGAAUUUACGCUCUUCAGGGACUAUCAGGCGCAAAACCAAGUCUUGUACCACAGUACGAGAAAUCGCUCCGCGAUAUUUUUAUAGAUGUCGCUAGAAAUGCAGCAACGACAUCUCCUCCUCAAAAUCAACUAGAUUUCCUUCCUCACGCAGGUCUUGCAUUCAACUCAAAGAUCCCGAAUCUCCCCAGCUGGACACCAGACUGGUCACUCGACCCACCGACUCUCCCCCUAUUAGGCUGUGAAGGCGCACCAGAACUUCUCGCAAGUCCUCAACUCACAAAGAUCCUUGACGACAUAGCAGAUCUCGAAAGCUUCAACUCCACGGCCCCCAUCCCAGGAGAAAAACCACCCAAGGUCAUCGCUCUCGAAAAGGCAAUCAAUAACAAAGACCAAUUGAGCCUUAUGCUCCCCAACGCCACUCUCAACACCAUCCCCAAGAUCACAUUCCUAGAAAACGACAUCCUCCUCCUCCACGGCCGAAUCCUAGGUCCCAUCACCGCGGUCGGAACCAUCUUCCCCCGCUACACCCCAGAAACAUGGAUCCUAACCCUCCACCGUCUCGCCGACUGGUCCGCCCUCGCGCGCACCCACUACACACCUUCCUCCCCCGCCGCACAAACCGCCAUCUGGCAAACCUUCCUCACGCUCCUCAUCCAAAACCGCAGCUCCACCGUCCCGCUAGAUUUCACAUUCACCAAUCCCUUCACGUCCCCAGAUCCGGCUAUGCUCGCCCCCUUCGCGCAGUUCCAGCUCGAUGUCAUCUUAGCCGCCGGCGUCAAGGCGUCGAACGAGGAGGCUGACAAGGCGUUCCGCGCGUUCUGUGAGGUUGCGAGUAUGGGGUGUACCGGGCGGUGUUUUGCGGUUGUUGGGGCGUGUGUGAUGGGGUUGGUUGGGGAGGGUGUGAGGGUUGGGGAUUUGGUUGUGGUGGUGGAUGGGUGUCGGGUUCCGCUUGUGUUGAGAUGGGUGGCGGAUGGGUUGUGGGAGUUGGUGGGACCGGCGUAUGUUCAGGGGUUUAUGGGUGGUGAGGGGAUGGGAGGGGGGUUUGUGGAGAUGGAUUUUAGGGUGCGCUGA